CCUCUUUUAGUUAUCUCGCCGCCAUAAAAAUAAAAGCUGCUGUUAGUUUACUUAAUCCCUUUCUAAUUUAUAUAUCUUGUUGGUCCAUCACAAAGCAAUGGAGGCUCUCUUCCUGAGUUCUUCUUCUUCCUCCUCCGUUACAGCAUCAAACAAGCUUGCGAGAUUAUACAAUCUCCGUGAUCGGUGCUCAUUGGCCAGGGAGAAGAAAAGGGUUAGUCUCAGUUGGGGCCGAGGAAGCGAUAAUACUCUUAGCAAGACGGGCAGUGGCGGUUUCGUGAAUAGGCCUCUUUGGAUUUCUUCUGAAGGGAAGGAGAGGGCGAAAGUAUUGAUAAGGGAGGAGAGUUCAUCCACGGCAGCAGCCAUGGAUGCUGAUACAUUGGUUUUGUCUCCAAAUGGGAACGGAAGAACAGCGAUAGAGAUCAAUGGAGCAAAGAGUUUGGUGCCUUUCAAUGGAACUGCUUCUUUGGUGGGUCUGAAAGAAGGGCUUGGAAUCGUCAAUUAUCUCCAAGGGAAGAGCUUUUUCAUCACUGGUUCAACCGGGUUUUUGGCUAAAGUCCUUAUUGAGAAGAUUUUGAGGACGGCCCCCGAUGUCGCGAAGAUAUAUCUCUUGAUUAAAGCUGAUAACCGAGAAGCCGCAGUUGAAAGAUUAAAGAACGAGGUGUUAGAUGCAGAGCUUUUCAAGAUUCUAAAGGAAGCUCAUGGACCAGCCUACAAGGCUUUCAUGUUGAGCAAACUCGUACCUGUAACGGGAAACAUUUGUGAUUCGGACAUUGGGUUGCAAUCAGAUUACGCUGAGGAGAUUGCCCGAGAUGUCGAUGUGAUCAUAAAUUCUGCUGCUAACACAACCUUUAACGAAAGAUAUGAUAUUGCUCUGGACAUAAACACAAGAGGGCCAUGUAAUCUUAUGAAAUUUGCCAAGAAGUGCAACAACCUCAAGCUUUUCUUGCAAGUAUCCACUGCGUAUGUGAAUGGACAAAGGCAAGGAAGGAUCAUGGAGAAACCAUUCUCGAUGGGUGACUGCAUAGAAACGGAGAAUUUCACCCAUGGGACACCUUUUUUAGAUGUUGAGAAAGAAAUGAUGCUGGCUUCUGAUGCAAUAAACGGGUUUCAAGACCACGAGGAGGCGCAGAAGAUGAAGGACUUGGGUCUAGAAAGGGCAAGAACGUUUGGAUGGCAAGACACUUAUGUGUUCACUAAAGCAAUGGGAGAGAUGAUGAUCAAUAACAUCCGAGGAGAUGUGCCUGUCGUUAUAAUUAGGCCUAGUGUCAUUGAGAGCACAUACAGAGACCCAUUUCCAGGAUGGAUGGAAGGAAACAGGAUGAUGGAUCCUAUAGUUUUAUGCUACGGGAAAGGACAGCUCACAGGAUUCCUCGUGGACCCGAAGGGAGUUUUGGAUGUGGUGCCUGCUGACAUGGUUGUCAAUGCAACCCUAGCUGCUAUAGCGAAGCAUGGAAUGGAUCAAGAACCGGAAAUAAAUGUGUAUCAGAUUGCUUCUUCGUUGAUAAACCCGCUGAUUUUUGAGGAUUUGGCCAUACUUCUUUACGAGCACUACAAAUCUUCCCCGUGUGUGGACUCGAAAGGCACGCCCAUUGCGGUCCGUCUGAUGAAACUCUUCGACUCUGUUGAUGAUUUCUCGGAUCAUCUUUGGAAAGACGCUCAAGAACGAAGCGGGUUGACGGCUAUGACCUCUUCGGAUGGAAAGAUGAUGCAGAAACUCGAGUUCAUCUGCAGAAAAUCAGUGGAGCAAGCAAAGUACCUUGCUGAUAUAUAUGAACCCUACACAUUCUAUGGAGGAAGGUUUGAUAACAGCAACAUGCAGAGAUUAAUGGAGAGCAUGUCGGAGAAAGAGAAGAGGGAGUUCGGGUUCGAUGUCGGGAGCAUUGUCUGGAGAGAUUACAUCACAAACGUUCACAUUCCCGGUUUGAGAAGACAUGUCUUGAAGGGAAGAGCUUAACUCGAUAUCGACAAAAACCAAAGAAAAAAACUCUCUUGUCUUUUUUUCCUUGCUCUCUCCAUCUCCAUAGGUGUGUUAUUGUGUUCUAUCACUAGUUUGUAAUAACUUGAAAACCAAAAGGGACGUUAUUUUUCAGAUUUUAUCAAGACAA